CGCCAACUCAUCAUAUUCAAUAGAUAUAAAGGACCAUUAAAAGCGAUAAAAGAUGGCUCGUGGAAAGUAUAAUAAUAGCAAAGAUAAGCUCUCGCGAAAAGAAAAACAGGAAUUACGCAAAGAAAAUGAGAAAAUCCAGCAACAAAUCAAAUCAAUUGUAUUACCAACACUUGGAGUAGUCGUAGCUCUUAUCUUCGUUUAUGUUUUUAUGAAAACAAGAAGUUUCACAAAUAUCGCAAGCGAAUUUGACAAUGAAGGAGGUGAAUUUAAUUAAAUAAUUAUUCGAGAGCCAUUCCAUGAUGUCACUGGUGCAAAUAAGUUUUAGAUAAAAAAAAAUAUAUAAUGUAAUGUUUGUAAUUGAAAGUAACUAGCAUAUUCUUUAAUAUUGACAAAAAGUCCAUCCAAAAUGUUAA